UGUGUUGAUCAUCCAAUUGUUUUGACAGAAGCGGUGUGUAAUCCUCUGUAUUCGAGACAAAUGAUGUCAGAGCUCCUCUUUGAAUGUUAUCAAGUGCCAAAAGUGUCCUAUGGCGUAGAUAGCUUGUACAGUUUUUACCACAACAGAAGGCAGAACUGGCCCUGUAGUGGCUUGGUAAUAUCUUCAGGUUAUCAGUGUACGCACAUUUUGCCAGUCUUAGAAGGCAGGUUGGAUGCUAAAAACUGCAAACGUAUUAAUCUUGGAGGGUGUCAAGCAGCUGUGUAUCUCCAACGCCUCCUUCAGCUGAAAUACCCAGGACAUUUUGCUGCCAUCACUCUCAGUCGCAUGGAGGAAAUACUGCAUGAGCAUAGCUACAUUGCAGAGGACUACAUAGAAGAGCUACAGAAGUGGCGGUCCCCAGAGUACUACGAGAACAACAUGCACAAGAUGCAGCUGCCUUUCUCUAACAAACUGCUGGGAAGCACUCUGACAUCAGAAGAAAAGCAGGAGAGGCGGCAGCAGCAGCUACGUCGACUUCAAGAACUCAAUGCACGUCGUCGAGAAGAGAAGCUGCAACUUGACCAAGAAAGGCUGGACAGGUUACUAUAUGUACAGGAACUUUUAGAAGAUGGUCAAAUGGAUCAAUUCCACAAAGCUUUGGUGGAGCUGAACAUGGACUCUGCAGAAGAACUUCAGUCUUACAUCAAUAAAUUGAGUCUGUCUGUUGAACAAACGAAGCAGAAGAUCCUACAGGCAGAAGUCAAUAUUGAAGUAGAUGUUGUGGACAGCAAGCCAGAGACUCCUGAUUUGGAUCCCUUAGGCAGUGAGCAGUCACUGGAGGAUGUGGAAAGUAUUAAUGAAUUUGAACCUUUGUUUGCUGAGGAACAGCCUGAAGUUGAGAAGCCUGUUACUGCAGUACAGCCCGUGUUUAACCUGGCAGAGUACCACCAGCUUUUUCUUGGCACUGAAAGAAUCAGGGCUCCAGAGAUUGUCUUCCAGCCCUCCCUGAUAGGAGAAGACCAGGCUGGUAUAGCAGAAACCAUGCAAUAUGUCCUUGAGAGGUAUCCAAAGGAGCAACAAGCUAUUCUUGUCCAGAAUGUUUUUCUCACUGGUGGAAAUACAAUGUACCCUGGACUGAAAGCCAGAGUCCAGAAGGAACUCCUUGAAAUGAGGCCAUUCCAGUCGUCUUUUCAGGUUCACCUUGCUUCCAGUCCUGUUUUAGAUGCCUGGUAUGGGGCUAGGGAUUGGGCAGUGGAAUACAUGACCCGUGAGGAAGGCUGGAUAACCAGAAAAGACUAUGAAGAAAAAGGAGGAGAAUACCUUAAGGAACAUUGUGCUUCAAAUGUCUACGUUCCCAUUCGCCUUCCAAAGCAGGCCCCACGGACAACAGAGGCAUUGGCACCUAGCAGGGUGCUGACAUCCAGCACAGGCAAUCCUUGUGAGCAGGCAUAGCACCGCGCCUUUGUCACAGACCUUCGGAUGGAGAUAACAGCGCAGAGGAAAGAAGAGUUACUGGGUUGCAGUAUGAGCUGUGCAUGGGGUGCAGGCCUCGUUUAGCCUUGCUGGCAGCUCAAAGAACACUAAACUUCUCAUCCAGUCACUUGAAGGAGGAGGACAAGCCACGCUGGGGUGGGAGUUGGAAUGGUUGGAGCACUUGCAACGCUGAGUGCUGCUCAUGCAUAGCACAGGAGUGUGUGUCAGCAAGGAGGAGCACAGGAGAAGCACGUUCCAGAGGAAAAAUACCAUCGUAUAAACUUUCAUAGUAAGACUCAGGGUUUUAUGA